AGGUCGGGGGCAUCGCGCGCGAAACGAAGCGGAGAAACAGAUUCGUGCGCUCGCUCCCACACGCGGACAGAGUGCGCGGCUCGUUUCAAGCGCAUUUUACUCUCGUUCAGCUAAAAAAAAAAAUGCGCUACUGAUUUCAUAACGAACGAAUCUUCCAAGAAUUAUGUGUGACUAACGGCCAAUCUCCUCGAUGCAUCGCGAGAACGCGUGCCGAGCCGAAGGCGGCCGACAGAUCGAUCCGGAUGAGAUCACCCGAGAGAGAUGAGAGGAACCUGAUUCAGAGCAAGUUUGCGCCGCCAAGUAGGCAGCAACUCGAAUAAUUACCUACAACUAGUUCGUUAGCAAACCGUAGCUAAAUCUCUAAGCGACUCACGUCGCCGCGAGUGAAUGAAAUCGAAAAAUCAUUUUCCACAAAACACCGAAGGAAUAUAUAUAUUUAUAUAUUCGUAAGGAAAGGAAAGGAAGAAGAAGAAGAAGAAAGAAUAAAAUGGAACCAUGUGAGCGAACUGCAAAUCUGCGAACCGCUUAAAAAGACUGUAUACGUGCUGGCAUAUCGCGUGACGACUAGGAAUCGUAUGCAGUGAAAACUGAAUGAGGUGAAAACUGCGUAAGAUGCACGGCGUUGACCCGCCCCCGUCGUGUCAACGUCCGAGAUGCAUUCGUGGCUGAGGUGCAUUACCGGCGAGCUCCGCAGCUGUGCAGAGGGGUCUCUCGCGAAGGGAAAAGAAAACUGUCCGAGGUAUGUCGCCGCCGUUGCGGCGCUCGUGAUGACGAACGCGCGCGACGAAUGAGAAAAAGAUUUUCGCGUAUAUACGGGUAAAAAAAUAUAGUGAUACGAGGAAACGAGCAGCAUGCCGGUCGCGGGAACGAGGAGAUUAUGCAGAGUGGGACUCGCCGCGGUCUUGGUCACCGCGCUGUGCAUUCUGACUCUGCUCGAUUCGCCGCCAGCACGACUCCCGGAUCCACCGACCGAUCCUCCUCCCACGCCUGGGGGUGAACCGCCAGGCACAAGAAGCAUCGUCGCUUAUUCGUGGGCCCGUAGAUUGGCACUCGAUUACAGGCCCACCAAGCAGUGCGAUGGUAAUGGAACGCACGGAAUGGCGUUAAACGCAUACGAGCUGCCCGGCACGAAAUGGCUCGAGACAAUCCCGGGACAGCUCUUCCUGUACAGCGCCCACUUGGACCUCAGAAUCGCCGGUUACCCGAGCAUCAGAGUGAUUGGCGUUAAACGAGGCGCCCUGCCGCCCUCCGCGCUCUUCUGCACUAUAUGGUACCGGGAGCACGGGAGGACGCGAUCGUUGAGCGUGGAGGCGCUCGUCUCGACGAUCUGGUUGGACGAAUGGGGCGACGCGGCGGACAGUUACACCGGGAUCCUAGUGAAUUGUCAAUUGCCGUUGGACGGCUCGGUGCGCCAUACGUCCCGGGUACACGUGGGUCCGAGUCCGUGCCACGAGAAUGCUAGUCAUAGUUUAACGACCCGCUCGGAAUUCGGCGACGGGGCUUUUGCCGAGCGGAAGAGGCGCCAGUUCACCCUGUGCAUCAAAGGACUGGACUUCGACGAGGACAUCUCGCACAAACUGAUAGCCUUCGUCGAGCUGCAUCGCAUUCUGGGCGCCAAUCUCUUCUACUUCUACGUGUUCAACGUGCACGAGAACGUGCUCAAGGUCCUGCGCUUGUACGAGCGAUCGAACGUGGUGCGGUGGUUCGAGCUCCGCCUGCCGGGUGAUCUGCCGAACGAGAGGACGGCCCGACGGCGAUUCUUCAGCGAGGACAUUUGGACGAAGAGGCGGAUGGAGCUGAUCCCGUACAAUCACUGCUUCUACGAGAAUCUUCACCGGUCGGAGUUCGUGGUGCCGAUCGACAUCGACGAGGCGAUCGUGCCGACCAGACGCAGGACCUGGCACGAAUUGCUGCUGGACGAGCGCGCGAAGCUCGGCAGAAGCUUCAAGGACUUCGCCUCGUACUCAGUACGCAAUGCCUAUUUCUUUCCCGAGCUGCAAAACAAGAGUCAGACCGAUCGCUCGGCCGGCUAUACGGACUAUCUGGAUACCAUGCGAACGGCCAGUAUCUCGCCCGAGGGCGACUCGGUGAAAAGUUUCGUCUCCACGAGGCGCGCGUUAACGGUGCACAAUCACUACGCCCUAACCACGCUGAACCCGUCCACCAGACGGGCUCAUCAUCUGGACUCAAACGACGUGCUCAAGCACCAUCAUCGGGCCUGCGACAGCCGACAUCUCGAUUGCGAUCUCUUGAUGGAGGACGUUAGGAUCGACGAAUCCGCUUUGCGCUACGCGGACGAGCUCAAGACGAGGAUGAAGAUCGCCUUGGCCGAUCUCGACGCCCUGCCAUAGAUUAUAGUGAUAUUGUAAAUAAUAAAAAUUCUUUUCGAAA